CGGACGAUGACGGCUCAGUGCUGAUGCUGAUGCUGCGCGUCAUCAAGUUGAGCAUCAUCUGGACCGAGGAGAGAACCUCCAAACAGGAAGGAGAUCGACAAUCGGUGUGCGAGGAUGGGAGCGUGGAGCCGCCAGAAGUUCUUCCGGGAGCUGGCCGCCGGCUGCCUGCUGCCCACGGCCCAGCAAGGUGUGGAGCAAGUGUGGCAGCUGCUGCUCAUCUGCCUGCUCUGUCGCCUCCUCUGGAUGACCGGCCUACCCCCGCUUUUCAAGCAUCUGUCCACAGUGGCGGGAGGGUUCUACGUUCUCUACCUGUUCUUUGAACUGCACAUGAUCUGGGUAGUCCUCCUUAGUCUCUUGUGCUACCUCUUCCUGUUCCUGUGCCGCCACUCCAGCAUGCGAGGCACCUUUCUCUCGAUCACCGUGCUCAUCUACCUGUUGCUGGGAGAGCUUCACAUGAUGGACACUAGCAAUUGGCACAAGAUGAGAGGUUCGCAGAUCGUGGUGGCCAUGAAAGCCGUCUCGUUGGCCUUCGACUUGGACAGAGGCGUGGUCAGCGAGGUCCCUUCUCCUAUCCAGUUCAUGGGUUACAUCUACUACGUGGGGACCAUCAUCUUCGGUCCGUGGAUCAGCUUCAAUAGCUACAAGGAAGCUCUAGAAGGACGGCAGCUGAGCUUUUCGUGGUUAUUCAAAGUGUCUUUGAGUUGGCUGAAAAGCCAGAGUUGUCUGAUUGUCUCCAACUGCGUGGCACCCUACCUCUUCCCUUAUUUCAUUCCCAUUUACGAAGACAAGCUGCUGAGGAGCAAAAAGAGGAGGAAAAUCAGAGGUUCACUCCCAAAGUGGUUGUUGGCUUAUGAGAACACGUUGUCUUUCCACUCGAGCAACUAUUUUGUGGCUUAUUUGAGCGAAACCACCACCACUCUGGCCGGGGCGGGCUACAGCCAAGAGAAGGACAAGCUCAGAUGGGAUCUGACGGUGUCCGAGCCGCUCGACGUGGAGUUCCCUCGCUCCGUGGCCCAAGCCGUGGCGUCCUGGAAUCUGCCCAUGACGCGCUUUCUACGAGCUUAUGUAUUUGAGAGGGCUGUGAAAUUUGGGACGUUCUCUGCCAUCAUGGCGACCUACGCAGCCAGCGCUCUUCUGCAUGGUUUGAGUUUCCACCUGUGCGCAGUUCUGGCCUCUUUGGGCUUCAUCACAUACGUCGAGCACGUGCUGCGGAAGAGACUGGCGACAGUUUUGAACGCCUGCGUCCUGUCCAAAAAAUGUCAGCCAAACUGCAGCCACCGGAACAAAAAGGCCGUGUGGGUGUACAUGAUCAACCUGGCCUUCAGCGCUCUGGCCAUACUCCAUCUCACCUACCUGGGUUCCGUCUUCUCUUCCAGUGUGGACUACAUGGAGGAAGAUGAGGAUGACUUUAGCCAUUACGCCAUUCAGAAGUGGUCGGAGCUGGGUUGGACGAGCCACUGGCUGACAUUUGCGUCCUGGAUAUUGUACCGCCUUGUUCUUUAGAGCGGACGACUAGCAAACCAAGCAGCAAUAACGGAGCGAAGCGGCGGGUGGACGUCCGACUCCAAGCCGUCACGUCACCCCAACCCGCCGGGGACUCCUUUUGAUAACUCCCUUGCCUCCUUUUCUACGGACGCCGUCCCCUAUCUGACCCCCGAUGCCGUGAAAUCGGUUCCUGAGGAGCAUCCGAUCUUAUUGCCGCACCUAGUUGUGCUUUUUCUUCACCUUCAUAAUCCAAUUUUUCCUGAUGAUAAUGAUGAUCGUGCACAAUGUCGUCAGUGGUUUCCAAAUAAAGAACCAGGGGUGGAAAGUAGCGUUGCACCGAUACCAUUUUUUGCUUCCUGAUACCGAUUACGAUUGUGUGCUAUCGGCCAAUCUUACAUUGACGGUGCUAGACGUCUAAUCCACUUCAAAUAGAUUGGGCGACUUACUAGUAUUAAACUCAUAUCAAUU